AUGUUAUGUUCCAAGGAAUCAAAAAUAUGUAUACGUAAACUUUCCAUCGUGGAUAAUACUUUGGAAAUGCUCGGAACGCCGAAAAAAUAUCGACAGCUAUACAGUUGGCUAAUUGGAAUAAUAACUGGAUGGAUUUCACUAGCUCUUUUAGUAGAUAUAUCCGAUAUUGUAUGGUUGAAUUAUGAAUAUUUCAGCAUCACUCGUAUUUUGGUACCAUUUAUAGGAAAUUAUUUGGAUCACGUUGUUAACUUCAAUGUCUUGAUUUGUGGAAUUAUGGUAGGGUACACAGGUUCCAGAUUUCAACGAAUUAAUGAAUACAUUCGAGAUCUAUGUCAGCAAAAUACAGAGCAAGACAAAAAAAGAAAUGAAUUAAUCCUAGUUAAUCAGAGAAGACUAGAAACCAAGAAAUGCAAGCAGUAUAUGUGGAUUAUAAUGCACCUUCAUCUGCAGCUAUGUUCCAUAUCACGUGAAUUAAACAAAGUAUUUAGUGUGCAAAUGACUCUACAAACGGCGUAUUAUUUUGUAACUUGCGUGGACAUGUCUCGCCAAAUUUAUAGGAUAUAUAUAGACGGAAACAUAGCUUCUGAAAUUGGACAAGCUAUAGAUAAUUCUUCCCUUUUUAUUUUUGGCUUUAUUAAUAACGUAAAAUUUAUCGCACUGAAUUAUAUCUGUCAAUCGCUUUGCGAUAAGGCGAACGAAACAAUAGCAAUUCUAUAUAAAUUGUCCAACUAUAAUUCCGAUAAAGAUUUAAACGAGCAGAUUUUGCAAUUUAUAUUACAAAUAAAACAAAGGGAGCUAAAAUUAUCUGGCAUGGGACUUUUCUACUUUGGUUAUAAUUUAAUUCGCAAGUUUUACAUGUCCGUGGCGACCGUCUUAGUGAUUAUAAUACAGAUGAGUCUACCAAAUUCGAAUCACUAUAUUCCACCUACCAAUUCCACAAAUUAA